ACAAAAAUGGAAUGUAUCUUUUAAAAAGUGCGAAAAAUUAUUGGAAGAAUAACGAGAAAGAAAUUGUUAAAACAACGAACUGGCAGUCGACUGUAGUUACGAUUAACGUGAAAUUCAAUUAGACGAAAAUUAUCGAACACCAGAAGAGGUGUGAACGAAGCCGAUAAUCAAGACCAAUCGAAAUUAUAAAACAUGACUUAUUCCAACCGCUCAUUGCUAAUCACGUGACUCGGAAGCGGUGAUUCAACCGUGUAGAAGUGCUUCGCGCUGAGCUGUCUUUAUAAUCUAAGUAACUAUCGUUGGUAGAAUGUACGGAGCAAAUGUUGAUAGUUCUUCGAGUCGGUGUUCAACGCCUCGUCGGGAUUUCGAAAAUGAGGAGCCAUCUUCGGAUGUUGCGACGGGUCCGAAGCAUGUGGCGCAACUUCUACGUUCCUGGAUCCUUCGGUUAAAAGCAAGCGGCGAGGCAGAAAAAUUCCCGUUCGAGAUGGAGGAGAAGCCGAUACCGAAACCUAGAUCGGUGAUGCCGGAGCGGCCGGUACCAGCACCGAGGAGGUUGCUGCCUCCAAUGUUACCGGCGGCCCGGUUCAACAGCCACAGCGAUUCCAGUCAAUCGGAGAAAAGCGACGAUUCGAAAUCGAACCCGGAGAUACGUACGACGAACAAUGAAUUUUUUCGCACGUUGAGCACCAGUUCUCGCCAGUUGAAAGACGAGAUGACGACGAAGGGUCGGGCGGUGAUAUCCAGCACGAAGAACGUUAGUAUACGAUUAGAGAAAUCGGUGAAAAACCUUCUGACCCGUCGAUUGACCUCGUUGAAUCAAGACGAUCUCCUCCGUGACAAUUCAGCUAUUAACAAGAAGUACAAAGAUCCAGUGGAGGAUGAGAGAUGCACCUCGAUGCCGGCCGACGAUAUAUUCAGCAGCAUCUCGUUCUACAGUCCUCUGAACAGUAAUCUGAGAAGCGUCAGAAACGAGGAGGAUCUUUCCGGGACGCGGCACAGUCCACCACCUCCUGCAUAUCCUCCUCCUCCGCAUCCUGACGAGUCUAUCUACGACGAACUGCAGUCCGUCACGUCGGGCAGCAGUCGAUACGACACGAUCAGCUCGACCAUCUCUGACAAAGUCGACAGGGACUUUCCCGAGUCGUUCGAUCUCCUCAGUUUCGCUCUUAAUCAGGCCAGUGAUUCAGACCAGAGCUUGAACCUGUCCGAUGUUAACGUGGCUCUCUCGCAAGACAAAUCGGACGUCAAGAGAUUAUCCAGAUCCGAUUCCUGGACCUUCUAUGACGCUGCACCGGUAGGCAAAUCCGAGUGUCUCGACGAGCUGGACAGGAUAUCUAGCGCGGAGGAGGACACAGACGUGCCUCUUCUCGAUCGACGAUCCUUGGCGUCCAAUGAGAGUCAAACGUCGAUUCAGAACUCUCUGUACGAAAAUCUGUUGCCGCGGAAGGUGCAAGAGGAGAAAGAGACAGCGCCGAACACCUCGGAGGGCAGACAGAACAGUAAAUCUUUAUUGUUCGAGUUCGAUCCGUUCGCGAAGACCUCCAAUGAGAACGUUUACAGCAACUUCGAGAACAACGAUCUGAUGUUACUAGAGACUUUGUUGGCUACCAACGACUCGCCGAGCAGUGCUGGUAGUAUCCUGGAUUUUCAAGAGGCGAUCGAGACCGAGGAGGAGCAGGAGAACGAAGCGGAAGAAGAGAACGUAGAACGAGUUUUGUCGGUGCCGCCGGAACCCCCGAAGAGAUUCGAUUCCCUGCCGAAAGACGAAUACGACGACGUGACAGAGAUUGUCUCGCAGCCUGACAAAAUUUCCACGGGAAAGAAUCCCGCUCUGCUACCGAAAUUGGCGCAUCUUGUCACGCGGAAACAACCCGCUGUUCCGCCUAGAAAACCGACACCGAAAAGUCGUUCUACCGAUGCGCCACUUCCACCUCCUCCACCUUCGUCGUCGUCCUCGACGCCGUCAAAGACCGUGACCGCCGAUGCUGGAUCACCAGUCACGAGUACAGCAAUGGCGAACACAACCACCGACGAGGCACCGAGUCCUCCUGGAAGAAAGGCCACGGAGGAGCAGCACAGACGCGUGGGCGUGAUCCAGAAAUUGAAAAAAUUGAGGCACGAGUCCGGGGGCCACGGGAUCAGGCCGAACGUGAUGAGUUUCGUGAAGAGCGGCAGUAAAUUGCUGUCCAGAAAUCGUGACCAUAGCGGCGGUGUGUCGGUCGUGAAAUCGACGAAACUGGAAAGGCCAAGGGUGAACGAUCUGCAGAAUCUGGCGACGCACCGGGGGAUCGUUUACAGGACCGGUGCUGGUAUAGAAAGGGCGAAGGAUCUGGUACCGAGGGCAGCGGUCUUGGCCGACCAGAAGCUCUCCUUUUACACCGAUAAGGGCAUGUCUACUUUGAAGGAGGUCAUUCACCUCGAGACAGUGUACAGCAUUCAUCUUCUGCAGGACGUCAAGGUAGUUGAUGGCGAAACAGUACAUUGCAUAGCAAUUAGCGGCGAAGGAAGACCGAGUGUGCACGUAUUCUACGCGAAAGGUAUCGCAGAACGAAGGAUUUGGGCCCAGAGAAUAUUGGAGGCCGUUACUUCGGUCUUUCCCACGAAAUACACGGCCGAACUGACGAGAGCAGGAUGGGCCUACUUAAAGGAAGGCGUAACAGGUACGUGGUUUCCGGCUUGGGUUCUCCUGCAUCAACGAAAUUUAAUUUACACGAAGUCUCUGGACCCUUUCAUGGCCAUAACUUUCGGAGAACUUGAUCUUCGGAAAGCACGAUGUAUUGUUUUACGAGAACAGGAAGGACCGAAUUCCGGUGCCGGUGCCGGUUCCGUUCCGGUAGUGGUCGUCGACGCAGGUGGCAGCGGUGCACUGCAUGUGGCUGCACCAGGGACUCACGAAGGAUCUGCAUGGAGACAUGCACUUUAUCAAGCUGCUACUACCUGUGGCUCUGCUUUGGAGGAGCAGCAACUAACGCAGGACAACGUGCCUGUGAUCCUUGACAAGUGCAUCAAUUUUAUUUAUGCUCAUGGUAUCAUGUCAGAGGGUAUUUACCGUCAGAAUGGGUCCAAUAGUGCUGUGGUUAAAUUAUUGGAGGCCUUCCGUCACGACGCAUGGGCUACGCAAAUUACGAGAAGCGCAUAUACGGAGCACGAUGUCGCCACGGUUCUCAGAAGGUUCCUCCGUGAUUUACCGAAUCCAUUGUUCCCCCCUAACAUUCACGAUCGGCUUUGUUUCACCUCAGAAAACGUGAAUGAGAACGAACGAGUAUUGGCAUACAGAAAGUUACUAUCCACGCUGACUUCUAUACCUGCGGCGACGAUCAGGAGGAUUCUUGCUCACCUUCACUGCUUGAGUCAGCAGAGUUCCAAGAACCUGAUGACCUGUGAGAAUCUUUCCGCGAUCUGGGGACCAACGUUAAUGCACGCCGGCGAGAACAGCGCCGAGGAGUGGAACAGGGCGGAGACCAGGGUGAUAGGCGAUCUGAUAAAGCUCUAUCCAAAAUUGUAUCAAUUAACAGCCGCGGAUUUGGCGAAAGAGGCGAGAAUCUUAGAGGUUUUGCAAAAGCAUCACGGAUCGAACAACGGUCUUCGCGGAGCACCAUCGGGUGAUCUCAAGAUUUGGAUAUACAUCUUCUCGAGAGAAGGGGAAUGCGUCAAUGUGACCAUUGGACCACAAAAGACUGCAUUCGACGUGUGCCAGGAACUGGCGGAAAAAACCAAUAUGCCAACGCAUGAAUUAUGUUUGGAGGAGUAUACAUUGUCUGGUGCACUGGAAAGACCGCUGCAUCAUAGAGAGCGUGUCCUCGAAGCAGUGGCGAGGUGGGGAUACUGGGAUUCUGAGGAUAGGAAGGACAACGUCCUCAUACUUAAAAAAGAUCGGCUGUACAAGGAUAUAGCACCUCUGAUAAAACCACCAAUGACAACAUCUGGUGAACUUAAAUUCGCUGAUACAAAGUCGAAAAAUUUUAAGAACUACCUCUUUGAAUUUAGUCACGCGAAACUUUAUUGUUACAAAGAUAAGGUCUGUGCAAAUGUAUUGUAUGAAUGGAAAGUAGAAGAUAUCAUUUGGUAUUUAGGCCACGAGCCAAAGCGGAAUCCACAGACAGGAUGGUCUAUCACAUUCAUAGCAAAAAAUAAAAAACCAACUAGGUGUAAAGAAAGUCCAUUUUUCGGAAACACUUUAGCAGGAUCGUUGAAAGAGGAGCAGCACAAAUGGUUAGCAGCUAUGGUCUUUGGAGAAUAUCAGCUGAAUGUCCGACCUCCUUCAGUCAAUCUUAUGGAACCAUAAAUGAUUAACUUAUUUU